ACUGAAAAAAGUUCAUAUGACAACAAAUUACGGGUGCACGUGUACUACACAGUAUGGGGGUAAUAAAUCGUUAAGAACGUGUAAAUCUUCAUGCUAAAUGUGCAGGGCUAUGUUUAUAAUUUAUUAAUAUAUCACUUGAAAAUUGUGUAAUAGUUAACCUAGAUGUCAUUGUAACCGGGGGUCAUUCAUACCUGAUUUACUUUAUUUUCCCUCGUUGAAUAGAUCAGUCCUCGUGUUGGAAAACUAUUUUUUUGUAUAUGCUGAUUUAGAGUACAUAUAAAGAUGUGUUGGUACAUCAAAGUUUCCGUGAUUCUAGCCUGCAUGAUAAAAUUGUCUUCAGCACAGGAAGGUCUUUUCGGAAGUUUCGGACAGUCUGGGGAAAAUGGUUUGUUUGGAGGUUUUGGUCAAUCAGGGGAGGGUGGCCCACUAUCAGGGGAGGGUGGCCCACUAUCAGGCGAGGGUGGCCCACUCAUCAAUUUACUUCCAUUUAUUGGAUUCGGACCUUUUGGGGCAUUUGGUGGUUAUGGAUUCUCCAGACCAAAUGUAGCUGGCGGACAGAGUGGCACAGAAGGAGCUACUGAAACUGCGGCAGAACCAUCGUCAGAAGGACCUGGCUCUCGUCAACCUUCAUUAACAGAUAUCAAUAUGAUGUUGAUAUGGAAUCAGUUGCUCGGCGCCAAUCAAGGUUAUAGAUCAGCAAGUGGGAACCAUUUUAAUCCGGUACAAGCCCCAGAGACAACAAGUCAACCAGCUCCACCAGAAGGUCCUGUAGCCUCCAAUAAUCGUGCCGGACAAAAUGUUGGUGAACCAUAUACCUACAAUGACGCUGAUAUGAGCUGGAUGCAUUUCUUCAUGCAAUAACAUUAUACAGUCUGUUGUCUACUCUUGAAAAUAAACUAAUUAUUACAUAUCAGGAUAAAAAAUGCUGUUUUACGCAAUACAACACUAGAACAAUGUAAAGUUUGUGUUGUAUAUACAAUUUAUGUGUUGUUAAUACAAUUUAUAUAGCACUUUAUUUAUACAUGUAUACUUAUUGAGAAAUAUUCAUGAAAUAAAUCUGUAUUUU